GGGGCUGCCUACUGAGCAUGCGCAGUAGUAUGUAAACACAGGCGCAGCCUAGUUAUGAAGACGUUGGUGUGUUUAACAGUCUAAGAUGCAUUUUAGCAAAAAUAAGGGAUGAAACUCGGGUUCAGUUAACUGAGAAAACCUUUCGCUUUCGUGUGUGUGUAGCUGACGAGACUGCUAUCACAUUAUGGAGGAGGUCCUGAGCAGACUGCAAACUCUGACUCCAGACGAGCUCCGUGUGGAGAUCACAAGGGCAGGGCUGAAGUGUGGGCCUAUAACAGCUACUACCAGGGGCAUCUUUGAGAAGAAGUUGGCCCGGACCCUUCUGGAAAACCAAGGAGAUGGUGUCAGGUCAGAGGUGGGCAGUGGAGAUCAAGGCACGUGCUCUUCGGAACAGACUCAGUCUCAGACUGCUGACCCAGAAGUGACAAAGCUGGAGAGAGAGGAUUUGAAUACUUCAGCCCAAAGCUUGGAGGAUGUGAGUCAACAGGCUUCUCCGGAGUCACCCUCAGUCUUUUAUGGAGUCUUGCCUCCUUUGGAUGAUCCACUUCUUAAUGAUGGUGCCCUCCAUGUAUAUGCUGACAAGCAGAAAGCUCUGAGGGCAGUGAUGAAGAUGAAAGGAGCGAGGUUCAAAGCUUUCUCCAGCAGAGAGGAGGCUGAGAACUUUGCUAAGGGCAUAAGUGAUGGUGGUCUGUCUCCCAACAAUCCCUCAGCAGAAACAUCCCACAUUACAUCUCCUGCAGCAGAGAAAUCCAUCAGUCUAGAAAUGGCAAAUAUGGAGAAACCAAAUGAGUUCAGAAGCCCACGUACACAAGACCUGACGGCAAAACUUCGGAGAGCUGUGGAGAAAGGAGAUGAAAAGGCCUUCAAAGAGCUUGUAUGGAGUAACCCAAGAUAUCUCAUUGGCUCUGGAGACAACCCAACCAUUGUGCAGGAAGGGUGUAGAUACAAUGUCCUUCAUGUAGCGGCAAAAGAGAACCAACCAGGGAUGGCACGGCUCAUCUUAGAGACCCUGGAGAGUCCAGAGUUCAUGCGCCUCAUGUAUCCUGAUGAUCAGGAGGACAUGCUAUGGCAAAGAAUUGACUACAUCGUGGACCUGUACCUCAACACACCUGAUAAAGCGAGCAACGAGACUCCUCUUCACUUUGCCUGUAAAUUCGGUUGCACAGAAGUAGUGAAUGUGCUUUGCUCACAUCCAGCCAUCGAUAAGAACUGUAGAAACAAGUAUGGACAGAAACCUUCUAGCGUGAUAUGUGAGAGGAAAAACAAGUCUAAAGAAACUAAACAGAAGAUCAACGACUAUUUGGAGGAUCGUUUCUUCGUGCCUUUGCUGAGGGCUACAGACAACACUCUUAACCCUGUCAUCGGUGUGCCGUGGGCCCCGGGUUCCUCUGAAUGUGCUGAUCUAUCACUUAGCCCUGGGCUUGUAGACGAUCCCAAAAACCCAGUGAUGACUAUUAGGGCGUUUGCAGGCCCUCUAAAUAGACUGAAGGCAGAGGAGUUUCACAAGUUGUGGAAAACACCACCACGCAACCGAGCCAGAUAUUUCCAUGACAUUUUAAAAUCGGACCCAGAUCGAGGAGCGGAGAGAGUGGGAAGGGAAUUGGCACAUGAGAUGAGGUACCCCUGGGCUGAAUACUGGGACUUCCUCAGUUGCUUCACUGACCUCUUUGCAGACGACGGCUUGAAUAUGUUGGAGGAGUUUUUGAACAAGAACAAGAAAGGUUCUCCAUUCACAGGACAUGAAAAAGAACCCAGUUCUAUCUCUGGGACGUUCCUCGAUGAUCAUCUGCGCAGUCCGUCUGGGAUGUCACGUGACAGUGGAACUGACGAAAACAGCCCUGGAUCUUUCCAUAAGAAGUAUCCUGUCUGUGACCUGCUGCAGGAGUUUGAGAGGGUUUCCCUCAGCCAGGCCUCUGAGGAUUCAGCGGAUUCUGGAUUGGGUUGCCUUGCUGGCUCUAGAGAACGGAGCUCUGUGAGAGAGAGGGAGUGGACAGAGGAUGAUGACUCCAGCUCAGAAGAGUACUACACAGCAGAUGAGGGUACGGAUACCCUCUGCCAGGAAGAUGGAAGUGGAGGGCAGGGCUUACCAGCAUGUGGGAUUCUGGCUCGUCCCAGUCCCGGGAGCCGUGGAGAGUGGGAUUUAAACAGCUCCGGGUCGUCUAACUCUUCCUACAAAUCAACUCUCAGUAUACCUGAAGAGACCGGAACGACAGAGGGACUCUGGCAAAACAUUUUUCUAACAGGUGAAUCGCCGGCCAAGCUGGACAAUGAGGUCUUGUUAGCAAUAACUGGAAUGGACAUAGAAGAGCAGCUGUAUCCCUGCGUUACCAAGUGGAAGAACACCGUUUUGUCUUAUCCCGAAUCUCAAAGACAGAGAUGGCCGAACGUUUCGCUGAUGAACAGAUACCCAGAGAGCAAGACGUCGACCCCCCACAGGCUAACACGCAGCUGGCUAACAGGAUCACCCAGCUUUCUAAACAUGAAGAAGUUCAUCCCUGGGCCAUGCAUGUACAACAGCACACCCAGCAAAACCUCCACAAGCAGUUAAGCACUUAACCUGUAUUGCACUUUCUCUGUUAAAAGGUGGAGGAAAGCAGGAAUUUUAUACUGAAUGGUCA